AAAAACUUGCAACCAAUGGACGCCAGUGCAGUGGCAGUGCUGUAAUUCUGUCAUUCAGCGGUGAUUUUAAAAGUGUAAUUUUGUAUCAAAGGAUCUGUUUCGUGGACAGCUUGUGAAGAAGACUUUGUCACCUUUUGUCGGUGAUUAUAAUUCUUUUUCGGAGUCCAAGGCUAAGGGUUGACGAUGGCAGACUGGGUACAUUGUAACCAGUGUUUUCGUAAGCCAGGCAGUGAGCACACGUUCUACCUCACAAGCUGCGGCCACAUCUACUGUGAUGAUUGUGUCAAAGAGGGAACCAAAAAUCAGUGUCAUAUCUGUGGAGUUCCGUGUUCAACAAUAGAAUUAUCAUCUAAGAUGAAGCCGGAGGUGGAGAUUUUCUUUGAAGAUCCUCGUGAAAUUGCCAAGAAACAACACAGGCAGUUAUUACAGGUGAUGGACUUUCAGAAGAACCACAGACAGCGCUUUGAAGCUCAUAAGAAGGAACAGGAAGCAAAGACGCAGUCCCAGAUGGCGAUGACAAUGCGAAAUCUGCAAAAAGCCAUGGACUUGGAAAGGGAGGUGCGUCAUUUGCGAGAAGAGAAUUGCAAGCUGAGGCGGUUGAUGAGUGGAUCCCCAGGUCCAGGAGGUGCUGCUAAGGCCUACAGGCCAAGCACUCCCGGGCGAGUUUUGGCAAAUUCCAGCAUUCCACCAAAUAUGCGCAAUAUGGUUCAUCAGAAUUCGUCACAUUCAAUCAGCAGGUCCUCAUCACCUUAUGGCAGACCACAGCAUAUGCAGCAAAUGGACACAUGCAAGACAUCUCAGUCUCAGCAACCCAUGACUCCCACCAGAACUCCACCAGGUCCUGCCAGGCUGAGUAUCCGCACGCCGCCAGUCAACGGUAGGAUAGGAACGGUUGGCACCCCCACCCCGGGGCAUAUGACUCUCACCCCUUCUGGCACCUUGAUAAGGUCAGCCAAUACGCCGGGAGGAGUGGUUGACAUGGCAACAACAGGUCACACCUCACCAAUGAACAUCAGCCCUGCUUCUAAUAGGAGUUUUGUAAGUCUUAGCGGUAUCCGGUCUUCUCAACAUCGUGAUGGUUCUUCCCAGGGUAACAGGACGCCAGGAUUGAGCCAGUCUUCCCAGACUGAUCCUAGCAGGAGACCCAUCCAGCUCAACUACACUCCAACAAGGCCAGUGAUCUCUUCAACUCCGGGUAGCCAAUACCGACAAGGCAAAUCGUAGCCACCCUAGACUUGGCCUAGUCCUCCAACAGAGGAAAUGUUAGCCUUUGAGGUACACUUACUC